CGUCACUUCCGGCAGACGCUCUGCGUUGUUUGCAUCGUCACUUCCUGCCGAUACCGGUGUGGACGGUGUGGAUCGUGGUUGGGCCGGUUCUCCGGUUCUCCCCCUCCCCUACUCUCCUCCCUCCCUCCCUCCCUUACCCUCUCUCGGCCACUGUCGCUCGCCUGUCGCAGACUCCCUGACCCCUCCCUAACCCCCUCCUGACCUCGGUGCCACCGGAUUGGCCUCCUUUUCCUGUUUUCCCAGCCCAGCCCCAGUGUCAGGGCGGGGGCUUUGAGGAGCCUGAGGCGCUGUAUCUGAGGAGAGAAAAGACGACGACGACCCUCAGCUCACCAGCGCAGUCGCAGGGUUCGCCGCCAUGGCAAUGAGGCAGACGCCGCUCACUUGCUCGGGCCACACGCGGCCCGUGGUUGAUUUGGCCUUCAGUGGCAUCACGCCUUAUGGGUAUUUUUUAAUCAGCGCUUGCAAAGAUGGUAAACCUAUGCUACGCCAGGGAGAUACAGGAGACUGGAUUGGAACAUUUUUGGGUCAUAAAGGUGCUGUUUGGGGUGCAACAUUGAAUAAGGAUGCCACCAAAGCAGCUACAGCAGCUGCAGAUUUCACAGCCAAAGUGUGGGAUGCUGUCUCAGGAGAUGAAUUGAUGACCCUGGCUCAUAAACACAUUGUCAAGACUGUGGAUUUCACACAGGAUAGUAAUUAUUUGUUAACCGGGGGACAGGAUAAACUAUUACGCAUAUAUGACUUGAACAAACCUGAAGCAGGUAAGUAUAAUUUAUGCAUCAAAUCCUACAAAGGACACUUUGGGCCUAUUCACUGUGUAAGAUUUAGUCCUGAUGGAGAACUCUAUGCCAGUGGUUCUGAAGAUGGAACAUUGAGACUGUGGCAGACUGUGGUGCCUUUAAUUGUUGAGUACAGAUGCUUUGACUAUAUUGAGGCUGUGGAGUGA